AUGUCACCAGCACCAAAAACAUCAAAUAUUACGAUAUUAAUUGAUAAUUAUGAUUCAUUCACUUGGAAUAUUUAUCAAUACAUAUCAGAACUUGGUGCACAGGUUCAAGUAUUUCGUAAUGAUGAGACCACAGUUGAACAUAUAGUCUCAAUUAAUCCAAAAAAUAUUAUUAUUUCACCGGGUCCAGGAAAGCCAUCGACAGAUUCAGGAAUUUCUUUUGAUGUCAUCUCGUAUUUUGCCGGAAAGAUUCCGAUUUUUGGUGUAUGUCUUGGAGAACAAUGUAUUUUUGAAAUAUAUGGAGGAAAGAUUGAAUACGCAGGUGAAAUUGUACAUGGAAAAGUUAGUACAAUAACACAUGAUGGUAAAGGAUGUUAUCUUAAUGUGCCAAAAGAUAUCAAAGCUACUCGAUAUCAUUCAUUAGCUGGACAUCCAAAUACGGUUCCUGAUGAAUUGGAAACUACUAGCUGGACGGAAUCUGGUGUCUUGAUGGGCGUAAGACAUCGUGAAUUUACGAUCGAAGGUGUACAAUUUCACCCAGAAAGUAUUCUUUCUGAACAUGGAAAGGUCAUUUUAUCGAAUUUUCUAAGUCUUCAAGGUGGUAAAUGGGAAGAUAACCCUGCAUUCAGCGUUAAAGCACCUCUGGCAAAAACUGCUGUUAUAACAAAACCUGUACAAACUAUUCUCGAAAAAAUUCAUAAUCAAAGAUUAAAAGAUAUCGAGUUGGCGAAAGGACAACCAGGUUCUUCACUUAACGAUUUAAAGAAAUUAUUAUCUCUUCAUGUGGCGCCUCCUCUUAUCGAUUUCGUUAUAAGGAUUAAACAAACUUUACCUAAAUAUCCGUCAAUUUUCGCCGAAAUUAAACGAGCUUCACCGAGUAAAGGAAAUAUUGAUUUAUCGGUCAAUGCGGCCGAACAAGCACUUAUCUAUGCUAAAGCUGGAGCCUCAGUCAUUUCAGUAUUAACUGAAUCUAAAUGGUUUAAGGGUACAUUGAAUGAUAUGAGGCAAGUUCGUGAUGUCUUGUCAACACUCCCAAAUCGACCUGCUAUCCUAAGGAAGGAUUUUAUUGUGGAUACAUACCAGAUUAUGGAAGCGAGACUUUAUGGUGCUGAUACAAUCCUUCUCAUUGUUGCCAUUUUAUCAGAUGAGAAACUUGAAGAAUUAUACAAAUUUUCCAAGAAUCUUGGAAUGGAACCUUUAGUGGAAGUGAAUAACGAAGAAGAAAUGAAAAGGGCCGUGAAAUUGGGAGCAAAGGUUAUUGGAGUAAAUAAUCGUAACCUUCAUACUUUUGAUGUCGAUAUGAACACAACUUCUAGAUUAGCUGAAUUGGUUCCUGAAGGUGUUAUGUUGGUGGCUUUGAGUGGGAUUACUGGUCGAGCUGAUGUGGUUAGUUACCUUGAUCAAGGUGUUUGUGGUUUUUUAAUCGGUGAAGCAUUAAUGAGAUCAAAGAACAAACAGGCUUUCGUUAAAGAGAUACUUGAAUUAAAACAAUAUGAGGAUGUAAAUGGAGAUAGUGCAACAAUAUCAUUGAAAAUCAAAGCACCAAGAAGUCCUUUAGUAAAAAUAUGUGGAAUUUUAACUAUUGAAGCAGCCAUUGAAGCGGCUGAUGCUGGGGCCGAUAUUAUUGGCCUAAUCUUUGCAAAAUCUAGACGACAAGUUCCAUUGGAUUUAUCAUUGGAAAUUGUUAAUGUUAUAAGAGAAAUGCAAUCAGAAAAGAAAAUUGAAAUUACUGAUGAUAAAGAUGAGUUGUCACCAUAUGAAAUUCUAACAUCAUCAAAACAGCAUGAUUGGUUUAAAUUGCAUGCUACGAGAAUAAGUCGCGCUAGGAAACCUUUGAUUGCAGGUGUAUUUCAAAAUCAGUCACUAGAAUAUAUAACAAAAAUCGUUGAUAUACUUAAAUUAGAUUUAGUUCAGUUACACGGCGAUGAGCCUUCGGAAUUGGCAAGAUUUAUUCCAGUUCCCGUUAUUAAAGCUUUUCACAUUGAUGACAAUUUCUCAAAUCCUACAUUAGUUACACAACCCGGAUAUAAUGCUUUAUGUUUAUUAGACACAAAACCUACUGGAAUCAAACAUUCUGGAGGAAAUGGACAAAUAUUUGAUUGGGAUAUUGCAUUGAAAAUCAAGAAAAGCGUUUCGAAUAAAUUAUGUCUGAAGGGAGAGUUUCCUAUCAUAUUAGCAGGUGGAUUGACACCUGAAAAUGUUGAAGAUGCUGCAAGAAAGGUUAAACCUUUGAUAGUUGAUGUAUCAAGUGGUGUCGAAACAAAUGGGGAAAAAGAUUUAGACAAAAUUAGAGAAUUUAUAACUAAAGCCAAGUCUGUUGUUUCACAACCAGAUGAUUAUCAAGAAGAAGAAACCGGAAUUGCUCAAUAA